AUGGUGGUGUCGUUCACCGAAAGGAAAAACUUCGGCAUUGACUGGUCUAUGGUGGAAUCAUUACCGAACUUCAAAUUCAGAGUGCUACGGGGGCAAAAGGAAGGACUCAAUUGCGCGGUGUGCCUGAACAAGUUUAAGGUCGCGAAGGUUCUCCGGCUAUUGUCGAAAUGCAAGCACGCGUUUCACGUGGAGUGUGUGGACUCGUGGUUGGACGUGCAUUCUAUGUGUCCUCUCUGCUGCUAUUGCAUGGAUCCAGAGGACAUUUUCUUGGUAGAGGAAGCAAAGCCUUUCCACCAAAGUCAUCAACAACAGAACAACGAUCAGGGACGCGUGUGUUUGAAUCUGGACCUGGAGAAGCAGGGGAUAGUAAAGUCUCGACAGAGGCAUUUGUUCGUUCGGGGUGGGGGAAGGAGAAACAACAGAGGAGUAGCAACAGAGUCGGAGGUGGACGACGUCAUUUAG